AUGCUUCAUUUGGAUCGAAUUUUUUUGAAUCAAAAGCUCAUCUUUAUCCUAAUGUUUCUCAUUCUGUUCUUAACUCAUUCAUCAGGAGCUAUGAGAGUGAAAAAAGACAAUUGCAAAUCAGAAAAGCUGCGAGAAUUGGUUCUCGAGACCGUCGGAAUGUAUCCUCAUCAAUAUAGUUAUCAAGCCAAGUACAUGAAACAACAAGCUGAAGAAAGAUUCGGAUUCUGGUGGAGUGCAGUUAUAGUAAGCGAACGAGGAGGAUACGGAAUGAGUGCUGUCUAUGAUCAACAUCGGAAUACCAGUUGUGAAAUGAACUUGUUCGACACCUACUACUGGAUCGGUCGGACUUGUUAG